GGUCCAAUCGGCAGAUUAACCACGCCCUACGCAAAAAAAACGGCAGAGCAAGCAAAAGAGGAAGGUAAUGCUAUGCCUCUUUGUCGAGCAAAACCGUCCCCCAGUUUUAUUGAUCUUCAAGCAAGUUCCCCACCAGCCACUUUCUUAAACAUCCAGACGACAAAGCUGCCCUCAGGAGUUCAUCACAAGCCCAAAGAAUGUCUAGGACUCCUGGAAUGUAUGUACGCCAACCUCCAACUUCAGACCCAGCUCGCCCAACAACAGAUGGCUAUUUUGGAAAACUUACAAGCAUUGAUGUCACAACUGGUUCCUGGGAGAGAAAGCAAGAACUCUUCUCUCUCAGUUUUAUCUCGUAAUCUGUUGUUAAAUCACCUGCCCCAAUUCCGUAAAUGA